AAAUUUUAACCCUUUCAAUGGAUUCAUUUUCAUAUUCAUUCAUGCAUUUUAUAUCAUUCAUCCGUAAUCUGGCAGUACAUUUAUCUUUUGUUAACGAUGUUUCAUUCCAGAUCUUUUUGUGUUUUAUUUAUAGUUAAAUGUUUCGUAUUUUUAACAGAAACAACAUCAACAUUAAAUGAUAGACCUGGAGUUCGAACAUUAUUAACAACGAGAGGGCUUGAUUUUGUUAGAAAAAUUGCUGUUCCUGUUAUCUUGAAGAGGCUUGAGAACUUGUCUUUACCAGAAAUAUCUGGAGAGGCAAACCUUAUUCUUGGUGAUCUAAGUUAUAACUUAAAGAACAUAACUUUGUCUGAAGUCAAGAUACCAAAGUCACGAGUAUUAGUUUAUAAAGAUAGAGGAGUAUUUUUAGAAGGAAAAGAAAUACAACUAAAAGUACUUUUGUUAUGGAGUUAUAAGGUUAUCGAGUGGCCUUUUGUUAAUGAUCAUGGCUCUGCUACUGUUUUAACUAAAGAUUUAUCUAUUAAUGUUGUUAUUGGUUCAAAUAGCAGGAGUGAGCUAGAAUCAUCUCUAAGUGCUAAAGAUUGUCAUGUUAAUAUUGGAAAUCUUGACAUAGUUUUUCACGGCGGAGCAAGCGUUUUGUACAACUUUUUCUUUUCGUUUAUCAAAUAUUCUCUAAAGGAACACAUAUCAAAAAUGAUAUGUCCCAAUGUGGUUAGGACAAUCAACGAACAAAUAAAUAAUCGACUGCGAACAAUUCCAGAUGAAACGAAUAUAGGAAACAUAACUUUGAAAAUCAACUACAAUUUAACUCGUCCUCUGCGUUUUCUUUCCAAUGCAGUUGAAUUUCAAUUUAAGGGUGAAUUUAUUAACAAAAAUUAUCCCAAAAGAUCACCAUAUGAACCCACGGAUCUUCCUGACAUUAAAAAUAAAGUUUCUAAAAUGUUGUAUACGUGGAUCACAGCUUACACAAUCAAUACAUUGUUUUUUGCUCUACACCAAACUCCAUCCAAGCGCUUAAUGUUCUACAAUCAUGACAUACCUGAGGGUAUUCCUGUAAGACUGAAUACGAACAACUUUAUGUUAACUGUACCACAGUUGUUUAUUCGUUAUCGCAAUAAAGAAAUGGCCGUUAGUUAUUUAACAUCGUCACCGCGUAAGAUAUCUCUCAAUGUUGGCAAUGGCAAUGUUAAAGUGUUUGGAAAGAUGACAUUUUAUGUGAUCGAUAACAAUAGGCUCAUCAAUUGCUUUACACUUGGAUUGGUUGACAUUGCGAAAAUUGACGAUGUAUUGAUCUACUAUGAUGAAAAAGAUAAACAUUCUUACGUUGGUCUUAAGGUGUCUCGUGCAGGGACUAAUGUUGUGUUAGAUGAAAGUAACAUCGGUAGCUUUAAUGUGCUGCCCUUAAAAGUAACGAUUAAUAUUUUGUCCGAAGUUCUUUAUUAUGCCUAUAUAUCACGUAAAAUGGAGAAAGGUUUUAGACUGCCGAUUCCCAAAAACAUCAUGGUAAAAAAUGGCUAUUCAGCCAUUGGAAAGGAUCAUAUUCAGGUUGAAAGUGACUUCGAUAUUAUUUGUCAUCGUAAACCAUGUUCAGUAACAAACAUCAGGAAUGAAACAAUGUAGAAGCUGUAAAAACAUGUUUAAUUUCUCUUGAAUGUUUUGAUUUUAUACGAUCAAAGUAAAUAAUGAUCAAUGUGAUGAUUGUA